CUAUGGAUAAACGUAUGUGUAUUCAUAUAUACACAUCUAUGUGUAUGUAUAUUCAGGAGCAUACCAAGUCCAUACAAUAGUAUAGAUUGCACUAGGUGGUAUCUUCAUUAGCAAGAUGGUAUCUUCACGUCGUACGAUAUGGGUUCGGGCCGUUGUCCUGUUUGCUCUGACCACAGCGGCAUUCGCUGUCGAAAGGUCAAAUUUUAAAACCUGCGCCCAGUCCGAUUUCUGCAGGCGGAACGAGAUACAGUUGAACACAAAGGGUGAGACCAGAUAUACCGUGCAAGCGGACUCGUUUGCGUUGGGAGAUGGCAAAGCCACGGCAGAGCUGGUUGAUUCAGCAGAUGACUCGACACUUGUCAUUGACAUCACUGCAGUGGCUGAUGGCGUGGCCCGUCUGCGCAUUCUGGAGGAGAGCCCUGUUCGGCCUAGAUAUGAGGUGCCCGAUGUGAUCACGGAGUACAGUCCGUUGGCCCUAAAAAUAGUGGAGCAGGACAGUGCACACGUGGUAGUAACGAGUGAUGACAUUCACACAGUUGAACUACAAUUCGACCCGUUUGUGGCCAAUUUCUACCGAGAUGGCAAGCUGCUCACGACUACAAAUAGCAUGAACCAAUUAGCCUUCGAGCAGCUGCAAACUAAACCGGAACACAUGGACGAGCCGGCCAAAAACGAGGCUGGGGCAUAUGAGGAUGAAGCUGCUGGUGUCGCAUACGAAGCCUACCAAAGGAUUAUGAAAUCCUUCGAAUCGGAACAAUUCAAAAACUUUCCCGAUUCCAAGCCUUACGGAGACCAGAGCGUUGCGAUGGACAUAGCCUUCCCAGGCUCAGACCACGUGUAUGGUAUCCCCGAACACGCCGACACUUUGGCUCUGAAGGAUACUGAGGGGAACGGCGACCCCUACCGUCUGUUCAAUCUGGAUGUGUUUGAGUUCGAAUUGUAUAACCCCAUGGCGCUCUACGGAGCCGUCCCGUACAUGAUCUCCCAUGCCAUCGACGCGACUGUGGGUGUGCUGUGGCUCAACGCAGCCGAAACAUGGGUGUCUAUCAAAAACGACCAGGAUGCUAGUGGCGCCGUGAAGCGUACUCGAUGGGUGUCUGAAAGUGGUAUCAUUGAGCUGUAUGUCAUGAUGGGUGCCUCUCCUGCUGAAGUAUCUAAGAAGUACAUAUCACUCACUGGCCCUACGGCGAUGCCUCCCAAGUGGUCUCUAGGUUAUCACCAGUGCAGGUGGAACUAUAAUAACAUGGAAGAUGUCUCGGCGGUAUGUGGAAGGUGUUGGUGUGGAAUACAUCUAGGUGGAGUCUCCAAAUGUGCGUUUGCAUAUAUGUAUAUGUAUAUAUGUAUGCAUGUAUUAAAUCACCAUUUGUACACCGACGCCACAUUCCUAUUCUUUUCCAACAAUACCCAACUUCAAUAUCCCACUACACACACCCUCACCUCAGAGCACAAGGAGCGACCGUUUGUCCUUUCCCGCGCUUUCUUCGCUGGGACGCAGAGAUACGGCGCCAUUUGGACGGGCGAUAACAUGGCCACAUGGGAGCAUCUGCGCGUGUCACCGCAGAUGUUGCUGUCUAUCAAUUUGGCCGGGAUUGCCUUCAGUGGUGUGGAUAUCGGCGGGUUCUUCGGGAACCCGGACACAGAGUUGUUUGUGCGAUGGUAUCAGGCGGCCGUAUUCUAUCCCUUCUUCCGUGCACAUGCCCACAUUGACACCAACCGACGAGAGCCCUGGUUGGUGGAUACGGAAGCUGAGCAGCGCAUUCGAACGGCUGCAAGGCAACGUUAUCAAUUGCUGGAGUACUGGUACACUCUGUUCUUCCAGUCACACACGGCUGGUGAACCCCCUAUCAGACCUAUCUGGUACCACUACCCCAAUGACUCGAGCACGUUUGCGAUGGAUGACGGUUACUUGGUUGGCCGUGAUAUUUUUGUAAAUCCAAUUUAUGAACAGGGUGCUACUAGUAAACAGCUAUAUUUGCCUGGACCCGAGCUUUGGUACCCACUAUGGCAUGUUAGUAAGUCCGAGGAGGGAGCCAAUCAAAUCAGUCUAGCCGUUACCAUGGAUACCGUACCAGCCUAUCAACGUGGAGGCAGUAUCAUCCCCAUGCAGAUGAGACCCAGACGUAACUCAGUGACGAUGAAGAAUGACCCAUAUACUCUACGAGUGGCUCUGGAUGCGAAGGGUAUGGCGGAAGGUCAGCUGUUCGUAGACGACGGCUCGUCCACAGCACACGAGACGGGAUCAUACGCACUCCGCCAGUUCUCUUUCUCUAAUGGACAAUUAAAGAGUAGCGCUGCUCAGCCCGAAGGCAGCCACGUUGCCGCGGACAGCACUUUCACAGCGCCUAACCGAGUGGAGAGAGUGGUGGUCUUAGGCUUGAAGACCCGGCCCACAAAGGUGUCGGUGUCUGAGGGUGCGUCUCUGCGAGAGUUGGCUUUCAAGUUCGAUGCGGCCACAGAGGCGUUGACGAUACGCGACCCGGCAACAGGAAUCGUCAAGGAUUGGGAGCUAACUAUCGCUUGAUUGGCUUACAAUGACCCCUGAAUAAAUGUGUAGGCAUAUAUAGACUAUACUAUAGAUGUAUGUACCUUUAACCUUAAACCAUUAAAUAUAUCUUCUUUUGUGUA